AUGGGUACGAGUUGGGUCUUCACGGGGAAUGGCACCGACAUCCCCAAGAUCAGCUGCCACCAGACACCCGAGCCGGAUGUAUCGCCCGAAGAAAAGCUGUUGCAAGACCUCAAAAAAGCCGCACAUGUGCCUCACAACGGGCCUCUCGCGCCGGCCGAGGCUUGCUGGACCCUCCUGCUUACGUGGCUGCCGACGCUCACGGCGCAGUGA